GUUUUCAUAUCUGUGGUUGUAAUUAUGAGAUGAAUGCUACAACAUUUAAUGUUAAUCUUAAGAUAUGUGUGUGUUUCUUCAAUGCAGAUACUUCAGAGAUGAAUACCUGUAUGCAGGACAAAAAGGUCUACAUAAGUCUACAUAUCAUCUGUUGCUUUUCUCUGAGUGUUUUAACAUCAGAUAUUUUGUUGGAAAAUGAAGUCCACUCUAGUUUUGUACAAAGAAGACUGAAAGGUCAUGAACGCAAAGAAAUCCAAAGAGAGAUCUUAUCCAUAUUAGGUUUGCAGCACAGGCCACGACCUUUUUUACAUGAGAAGGAAAAGUCUGCUCCCUUGUUCAUGAUGAACUUGUACAAUGCAAUGAAUGUUGAAGAGGAGAAUGAUGAUGGGUUUUCCUACAUUGACAAGCCUUUUAUUGCUACAGAAGCACCACCACUGGCCAAAGCUCAAGAUGGCAACAUUCUUCUUAAUGCAAAUAUGGUGAUGAGUUUUGUUAAUCUGGUUGAGAAUGACAAGGAGUUCUAUCAAAAGUGGUAUCGCAAGGAGUUCAAGUUUGAUCUUAAUGAGAUUCCUGAUGGUGAAGAGGUCACCUCUGCCGAAUUCCAUAUCUAUAAAGAUUAUACAGAAUGGAAUGAAGCAUUUCAGAUUACUAUCUUCCAGGUGCUUCUGGAAAACCCAGGCAGAGAUCCUGAUUUGCUCAAACUAGAUUCCCAGACCGUUAAUUCAUCAUACAAUGGAUGGUUGAUGUUUGACAUCACUGCCACUAGCAAUCACUGGGUGAUAAACCCAGUAUACAAUCUUGGUCUACAACUUAUUGUUGAAUGUUUGGAUGGUAAAAGUGUUUAUCCAGGUCUUGCAGGUAUUGUCGGUAGAAAUGGUUCUCAAGAUAAGCAGCCGUUUAUGGUGGCAUUUUUCAGAUCUUCAGAGGUUCAUCUACGUAGCGUUCGCUCAACCGGCAGUAAGCCAUGGAAUCAAGACAGAGCAAAACCAUUAAAACAGCAUGAUGAUCUUCCUCUAAACAAUAUUACUGAAAGUUUUAUGAGCAGCAGUAGCAAUACUAACAGGUACACAAGACAUGCGUGUAAGAGGCAUGAACUGUAUGUAAGCUUCCGUGACCUUGGGUGGCAAGACUGGAUAAUUGCCCCAGAAGGAUAUGCUGCAUUUUACUGUGAAGGAGAGUGCUCUUUUCCACUUAACUCUCACAUGAAUGCCACAAAUCAUGCAAUAGUACAAACGCUGGUUCACUUCAUUAACCCAGAUACUGUUCCAAGGCCAUGCUGUGCCCCAACGGAACUCAUCGGAAUUUCUGUUUUGUUUUUUGACGACAGCUCAAAUGUUAUAUUAAAGAAGUAUAAAAACAUGGUUGUGAGAUCAUGUGGUUGCCACUAA